ACAAAAGAUGCCAAAACCGACGACGAUUUGAGAAAACACCACCACUUCGCCCCUCAACCCCUCAAAUUGCCUUGGCUAUGAUUUACUCCUUCCAAUCCUAACACAGAGAAACAAUUUAUACGCGAAAUAUGCUUGGUUGGUGGCUGGGAAAAAGCGGCGAGGAGACGCGUCGAGAGGACGGCCAGGAACCGCCCGAAACUCCAGCCCCAGUAUUUGCAGCGAGAGCAUUCAAAAGUGCCCUCUUUGGCACUCCUGCACCAGCCAGCGACGACACCUACUUUGAACAAAUUGCCAAGUCAACAAACAUGCCGGCCCCAAAACAAAAUCUGAGGACUGAUAUAUCGAGCCCGUCGAAAGGAAUUCUGAUGACACCAGGAACAGCGAGGAGUCGGAAAUCAGUCUCGUUUGGCGCAACCGUCAAAGACAAGGAGGCGAAACCAAACAGCACCAGUGGCAUCCCAGAUGAAUGCCCAGGGAAAUUCCCCAGUCCUUUUGUGAAUGGGGCUGCUGCUAAGCAAGAUGGGAGAUCGCUGAGGCGAACUGCACUGACAAAGACCCUGGAGAACGUGAGGGAUACAAAGAGGAGGAGAACGGAGGGGUCGAAAACGCACAAUUCCGUUCUUGAUACACCGCAAUCGCUGCUGGAGUUGGAUAUAAAGACAGGUCUAACAGCGCCCCAAAUACUGGAAAGCUCACAACGGGACGAGGAUCAACCCAGGCCCUACUCGAGAGAUAUGGACGACUUCGACGGUGACGUGACUACCGAUCUCAACGAGCCACAUUCGCAGUCGGGCCGCUACUGGAAAUCAGAGUAUGAGAAAUACAACGAGGAUGCGAGGGCUCAGAUGACAAAGCUUGUAAAGUACAAGCAAAUGGCCAAAUCAUACGCCAAGAAGAAGGACGAAGAGGCGAUUGAUCUCGGAAGCAAGCUCAAGGAAGCACAGAAAAGGGCAGUGCAGAUGGAAGAUAGGAUUGCUGAACUCGUUGCUCAAAUUGCCGACGGAUGCUUGAAUGGCAUCGAAGACGACUCGCCUACUAUGAUGAAGAACCUUGCUAGGCAGACUGCGCUUGCGGUCCAGUAUCGAAGCCAAGUCGACGAGUUUAGGGAUGUACUGAGGGACCGAGAUCAACAACAAGAAGGUGAAAAUGGAGAGAUUAAGAAGCCCUCAGGCGACCUAAAGAGCGAACUACAACGCCUGCGACUGGAUCUUUCUACGUCGCAAAGGGAGGCAUCUAAGCUCCGUGACGAAAAUACUAAAUUGUCUCGGGACCUGGAGAAGGUAAACGAGAAACUCAACCAAAGUGAGAAACGCCGGCAAGCUUCAGAAUCGAUGAGCCAUGAUCGAGCACAAUUACUACAAGGUCUUCAAACUAAGUACGACAACCUUAAAGAAUCGGCGAAAGCACAACGCGGAGACGCGGAACAUCUCCUCAAGAAGCGCCACGACCAAGUUUCAGAGUUGAAAAAGGAGAUGGCUGCCCUGAAAGAGAAACUUGCUGCGUUGAGAGUUGAACGAAGCCCUCUGGUGUCAGAAAAGGGAACUGGGGACAAACGUGCCGCUGAUUUGACCGGUGGAGACCUCAGGCCAACCAAGACUCAGUUCAAAUCGACUUCACAAGAUGCGAACGUGAUGACAGGACAGGACGUAAUGCCUCAGGUACGGAAUACGCGCAGGACGGAACAAGAAGCUAGCAAGCCGUACGAAAUCUACGAAGAUCCACAGGAUCGUGAAAAGCUGAUUAUCGACUCUACGCUGCAACGAAGAAGGUCAGCGACGGCGCGUGCCCAAACAUCUCUUGACGGAUCAAAACAUCAGAGGUCAAAGUCUGAUGCACUUGGGGAGAUUGGGAGCAAUAAGAGUGCCUCGCACACGCCAGAAACUCUCCCGCCAGCAUCGGAUUUCAGUUUACGUGAACGAUUCGCGAAACUGGCUGUGGACUCCUCCAAGAAAGACCAUCCACUUCCAGGACCAUUUUCAGGCCAUGGGUUGCGACGAACGCCUUCUCAGAAGCAAGCUGUGCCAGAACUCCCACCAACCAUGGACAUCACCGCACAUGAAACUUUUGUACCAGCUACAGUUCGCCCGCGAUCCAUUGCACACUUGGAGGGAGUCAGACCAGGCAACUUGGGACCGAGUAGAAUGUCAAGUAUGGCAAGCACGAGAUCAAGGACAACACUGGACCCAGAGAGGGCAGCAGCAGCGAAGGCACGACUGGAUCUGAGGAAUGCAGAGAAGCGAAGGGCAAAGGACAGAAAGGAGAACAUGGUUAUGUAACCGGGGCUUAAUGGUUUGAUUGGGAUUAUACAUCAUUUUAGGGCGCAAAACGUUGUCAGGAGAGGGUGGCGGUGGCGUUUUUAUUGGUCAGGAUCUGAGCGGGCCGCAUUCUUUAGGGCGUUGAAGUAUCGGAGAAGAAACUUCAUACUGCAUGUAUUUGCUUCAGGAAUAGGAUGUAAUUAUUUGAUGAGUUUGUAUUGAUUUUGAG